AUGAUUCAAUUACCCCAUGUUGGCCCUGCCAACGACCCCGCACAUCUCUCCGACAAGGAUGCAGCGUUAGCAGUCGUGAGCGAUGUGGCCCAGGAGAUCGACCCGGUGGUUGGAAAAAGGGUGCUAAGGAAGAUCGACCGGUACUUCAUGCCAGCGAUGCUAAUUGGUUACGGCUUGGUCUACUAUGACAAGGCGAUUCUUGGCAGUGCUGCACUGUUCGGCAUGACAACCGACCUAUCAUUGAAAGUUACCGACUAUUCAACAUCUCCGCCUUCAGUUGAUACAUCACGUCUCAGUUGGGCCACAUCAAUUUUCUAUUUUGGAAUGUUGGUCGGGCUUUAUCCCAUGACAUUUGUGUUGCAAAGAUUCAAUAUUAGACACGUUCUCGGUCCUGUUGUUCUCCUGUGGGCAAUUGUUUGUGCGGCCACUGCUGGUGUCACGUCCUGGCAAGGAUUGUUCGUACAGCGGUUCUUCCUUGGUUUCAUCGAGAGUGUGAUCCCGACUAGUUUCAUGACCAUUGUCAGUGGCUACUAUACGCAGGAGGAGCAAGCUCUUCGGCAAGCCUGGUGGUUUUCAGGCACUGGCUGGUUCACCAUCAUCGGCGGUGCCAUGAACUAUGGCUUUGGUCAAAUCACCUCUGGGUCCUUAACCAGGUGGCAGUAUAUCUAUAUCCUUGCUGGAGCCCUGACAUUUCUGUUUGGCCUCUGGUGCUGCACCAUUCCCAACUCACCCGUCUCGGCCUGGUUCUUGACUCCAGAGGAGCGGAUGGUGGCUGUGGAGCGACUUCGAAAAGGUCAAACCGGUGUUCGAUGCCAGAAAAUCAAGUUUGAUCAGAUCAAAGAGUCAUUGACCGAUAUUAAAAUCUACCUAGUGGCUGUUAUGAUGGCUUCAGCGUACACAAUCAAUGGCGCCAUUUCUGGCUUUGGGCCUUUAAUCGUCUCAACCUUCGGAUACGACACCCUUGACUCCAUCUUAUUCCAAUUUCCCGUGGGUGGCAUUUGCGUUAUAUUCAUUCCGCUGUGCGGAUAUAUCUCCACUGUUGUCCCCAAUACGCGAAUCCCGAUGCUCAUUACUUGUUGUCUACCUGUUAUUGCCGGGUGUGUGAUGAUCUGGAAAUCACACUGGGGAUAUCAUCCCGCCGUUCCGGUCGUCGGUUACGCGCUGACUGGUUUCUUUGGGCCAGUCGUCAGCCUCAUCAUCACAGUUGGCGCAAGCAAUGUUGCGGGAGCCACUAAGAAGACAAUCAUGGCUGCCACGGUCUUCGUCGCCUAUACAGUCGGCAAUAUUAUUGGACCACAGCUUGUCAAGAGCAAUACCAAGGCCCAGCAUUAUCCAGAGCUAUGGACAGGCAUGGUGAUAUGCUAUUCUAUCACCAUCACUGCGGCCGUUGCCUUGUAUGUGGUCUUGUGGAGGGAAAACAAAGCUCGGGAGGCAAUCGAACUUGAUGAAGUGCAGCGUGACAAGACCGCUUUUGAUGAUCUCACUGACAAGCAGAAUCCGUUCUUCCGGUACGCUCUAUAA